AUGCUGCUCCUGGCCAUAUUUGCGGCCGCAACUCAAACCUGGGUCCUGCGUGACUGUGGACGGGGUUUGUUCUCUACAUGCGCAGAAGCCAAUAAGCAGUCAAUAGGGUGGAUCAAAGCCGUUGAGGAUGUGCUCGAUAUUUCCCAUCGAACAUCAUCCGUGCCGAUUGAGGGUAUACAAGCAAUUAGCAUUGCGUCAUUCGUUUUGUUGAACAUGGAAGGAUUUACUCGAAGAACCAAGGCAUUGUUUAACAUGGCUCUUAAUUUGUCGCGAGACCUGGGACUCCACUAUCUGGACCAUCCGUCCAACGCGCAAUCCGCAAAUUCAGCCCAGACGGAGAUUGGAAGGAGGGUGUGGUGGUAUCUAGUGGCAACCGAUUGGAUAAUUCCUGCAAUGAGGUUCAAUGGUGGACUCCAGGGCUAUUAUAACUGUCACCCACGCCACAUGCUGGUCAGAAAACCCCUGAAUGUUAAUGACGAGGACGUUAUAGAUGGCAUGAGUUGUAUCGACCAGCCGCUAUCUCAACCAACAACCAUGUCGUUCACUUUGCAAAGACUCCGUUCAUCCGAGAUAUCCCGCAGGAUGGUUGACCGUACUCCUUUGAUGAUGGGUCGCGCCGGCGGUCCAAGCCACGACGUUGUUAUGGAUAUCGAUACUGAGUACCAAACGCUCUUAAACGAUACCCCGCCAUUCUUCUCCAUGCCAGUCGCAGAUCUUACCACAACCUACCAACUCUCUCCGUCCCGCGCAGCAAACAUCGCUCACCAAGGAUACAUGUUAUACUCCCUAAUCCACGCCCAGCGGUGCACACUCCACUUCCCGUAUUUCAGCCGCAGCUUCGCGGACCCCGCAUAUGCCUCCUCCCGGGACAUCUGCCUACGAUCCGCGCGGCUAGUCAUCCAGACGGAAUCGCAACUCGAAAACUCAAAAACCGCAGCAACACGUUACAGGUUCCUCGCAUUUCUGGUAGCUGUGUUUAUGGCUAGCAUUGUGGUGCUGAUGGAUUUGUGUUAUGACAAGGCGCCGUGCCAGCAGGAGCAACAUCGAGGGGAACUUGCGGAAGCGAUAAGGAUACUUGAGCAAGCGCGACAUGAGUCGGAGACUGCAGCUAGAUUCCUGGACUCGCUGAUGCAUAUACUGCGCAAGCACAAGGUGUUGCCACCGAAGCGGACCCAGCUGGGGUGGCAAGUGAACAGCUUUCGGGUGGGGUAG